AUGACUGGUGCUGGGUCGCUUCGACAGCGGCUCGCCGCGCUUGUUUUCAUUAUCGCUGUCCUCUCUAUCUCGUUUAUCUGCCUUUGGCCUAUGCUCACUUCUCCCACAAUCAUCGAAUCCUCCCUGGCUGCUCGAUCAACGACUCCAUUAUUAUCAAGUCUUGCUCCUGGUAUUCCAACACAAGGUAUAGCCCCAAUUGGUUCUCCUGGUGCAAACACGGCCAACAUCUCUACUUGCGCUCGUACCGGAUGCGACAACCCGUCGUUAAAGAGGUUGAAGCAUCGUCCCAAGAGAAAACACACAUCCGGCCCGAUUAGACUUGACCGUUCCAUCCUUCCCAUCCUCGAAUCUCUCCACUCCGAUGACCUCGCCUACCGUCUCGCAACAUCGCACAAGAAACGUUCAGGCAGAAGCUGGACUCCGUUUGUCGAUAGACUCCCCGAAGCACGCUCAGGCUCACAUCGGUCCCGCCAUUCUCGUCGGGAUGACACCCAUGACUCCCGUUCUGGUUCUGAAGCUAACCUCGACGCCGGUGUUAAGAUGUCCGAAUCCGGCGGUGCGACACUAGAGGACCUGGCCGCGUACGACGCUCAGUUCUGUCCCGGACCCGGACCAUGUCGUUUCCUCCUCCCUUACCGCAUUGGUGAGCAAGAGUCCAAAGCGCGCCAGCACCUCGCACAAGUCGCUCGGCUUGCCGAAGUGCUUAACCGCACUCUCGUUCUUCCGAACGUCGGGCGCAGCAGGGUGGGCGCGUGCGCGAGGUGGCCGUUCGGGGCGUAUUAUGAUGCUGGGCUUCAGUCUCUACCUGGGGGCGAAGGAGAGAGUGGAAAGGGAGAGGAGAACGGGGUAUAUGCGCGGGGCGUAGACUUGGAGAAGUUCAGAGCGUGGGUGCACGGACGUCCGACAAGACCAGCAUUGGGCAGCGUUCAGCUUCAGACUCGUGCGUCUGUCUCGGAGACCGAUAUCAACAUGGACUUGGAGGUCGUUGCUGCCUUGCCCAAUGCAUCGCCCAUGUCAUACACACCGUGUCUUCGCAAGCUAGGUCUCGGAUCUCUCAGAUCCUCCCCCUCGCCCCCUUCAUCGCCUUUCGACAACCAGGCUGAGCCAGUAUCGGCGGGGAUGACCAUCCUCGUCGCACAAGACAAGCUCCAUCGACCUCCGUACGAACCCUAUCCCGGUUCUCGCGUUAUCGACCUAAUCUUCAAGUCGCCCGCCAUAAACAACGCACAGGUCCUCGUGCUCGAGUACGACCUCCGCCAUCCUAUCUUCUCUCCAGCCGACAUCAUCAUCGACGAUCAUCUCCGGUAUGCACCCUGGCUGCACACACUCGCCCACCGUCUUAUCGAGCGAGCGAAGCCGAACAUCGGGGUCCAUUGGCGCAUGGAAGGUGUUCCACCGCAAAACCUUGAGCCGUGCGCACGCGACCUGGUGAACGUCCUGAGCGACCUAGCGCUGGAAGACGGUUCGGAGAGGGGCGUCAUCUGGCUCGCGACGGAUUAUCCAGGGCUCAUUCAAGUUGACAACUCCGUAUCGAUGCCUAGCACUUCGAUGAAGUCAACAACCUUCACAUCCAAUACGAGCGCCGUUGAGCCCGCUCUUGAUGUUCUUCGGAGCUCGGUCCGACCCGGAGGGCUCCUAGAGGGCUGGAAGCUGACAGAGCUUGACGAGCAGAUUCGCCACGCCGAGCUGGCGGAGAAAAUGUCUGAGAAAUUAACUGUCGAUGAAGGCCUGUUGGAGGAUAGCGGUGUUGUCGACGCUAGACAGAACCGCUUCAUGGCAUCAGAGGAACAUGACGAUAACAUCGUUCAGCUCUUCGGAGAGAGCACAGCGUUUGCGGAGUUUCGCAACGGUUAG